AUGGCGGACAAGUCUGACGACUGCACUGUUGAUGUUCUCCAUAACACACCUAUUGAUAUGCUGAAUAUUUCGGAGCCGGGUCAGUCAGAAACCAUUGAGGACCUUUUGGAGCGUGGCAAGACGCAAAAAGUACGGAUUCUGAUCGGUUCGGAGAACCCUCAGCACAAAUGCCAGAUUCCGUAUGCGCGCACAAAAGCCUGGAUUACAUUCGACAAGGAAGAAGCACUGCGAGAGUGCGUUCGAUUAUUGCGCUGGUCAGACGAACGGCUUAGAAGCCUGGUUGCUGAAGGGCCAAAAUGGGCAUGGGAAAAAACAUUCCGCGAAGGGAUGACGAUUAGUUUUGGGGUUAACUGGUAUGACCGCAACUUCUUUGAGCAGCGUCGUGAUGCUUUUACGGAGCCAAAACAUGCGGCCUAUUACAGGCGCUUCGGCGCGGAUCCAGAGGACUUUCAUAUCACACACUUGGUUCAAGGCGACCCAGGCUUUGAUGAGGAAGUGAUGAAUAAUGGCUUAAGAUGGGAAUUUAUAGGGACACUCCAAAUUAUAGAUGCACCAGAUGUAGUAGCUGGUCUUAUGGAUGAGCUGUCAGCCGUGCAAGUCGUUCUUGUGGCUUUGGAUACUGCUCGCAAGAACUCCCAGCUUGAGAAGCUCACGCCCGAUGUGAGGAUGAUGACACCCCAAUCGACCAUUACGAUGUGCCGAAUUGCCUGCGAUAACUUUCGCGUGAAGCUGGCGCGGUGGACUAAACACUCGGAUGACAAGAUUCAUUUGUGGGAUCGAGUUAAUGUCGGCUUAUUCGCUGAAUGGACCGUCGAGGCUUUAAGUGAACUGCUCAGCCGCUACAAGUCUACCAUAUGUUCUGUUGCACCUGAGCUGAUUGAUUUCUUUUAUCCAACAGAUGGUGUAUGGAAACCCGCUGGGCUCGAGAACAGUAGCACACAGCCAAAUCCCUCUCUCUACCGACGGAGAAAUACCGUCCAGCUUGAGACAAAUGAUGAUCUGAUCCCAGCGGGAAAAUGUACAUGA